GCAGACGUUCUUCUACUUGAGAUUGAAAUCAGAGGAAACGAAGGAAAGGGAAGAGAUUAAAGAUGUCUGGCAGAGGAAAGGGCGGGAAGGGUUUGGGAAAGGGAGGAGCUAAGAGGCACAGAAAAGUGCUCCGGGAUAAUAUCCAGGGCAUCACCAAGCCUGCUAUUCGAAGGUUGGCCAGGCGUGGCGGUGUAAAACGUAUCAGCGGUCUCAUCUACGAGGAGACUAGAGGCGUCCUCAAGAUCUUCCUCGAGAACGUCAUUCGUGAUGCCGUUACAUACACCGAGCACGCUCGCCGUAAGACUGUUACUGCUAUGGAUGUCGUCUAUGCUUUGAAGAGGCAGGGCAGGACACUUUACGGGUUCGGUGGUUAGAGAUUUUGGGUUUCCUUUAGGGUUAGGGUUGAUGUUUGCUUGUACUAAUGGAGAAUGGUGUUUGUUUAAUUGAAGUUUCUCAUUAUUUGUCUAUUUUUA